CCUGUCGGAGGAUUUAUCGUCACCACAGGCGGAAGUGGCGUCCCAGCCAGUUGCCACGUCGGGAUUGUAAUAAAAUUCGCUUACCUGUUUCUCUCUUUUUUUAAACAUCUAAACAAUUUCUGGAGCCCCUCUCACUAGUCUGUAAUCAUGGUUUCGGUCAUUAACACCGUGGACACCUCACACGAGGACAUGAUCCAUGACGCUCAGAUGGAUUACUAUGGCACCCGCCUGGCAACCUGCUCCUCGGACCGUACCCUCAAGAUCUUUGACGUCCGCAACGGCGGCCAGAUCCUUGUCGCUGAUCUGCGAGGGCACGAGGGUCCGGUGUGGCAGGUGGCGUGGGCUCACCCCAUGUUCGGCAACAUCCUGGCCUCCUGCUCCUACGACCGAAAAGUCGUCGUGUGGAAGGAGGAGAACGGCGCCUGGGACAAGAUGUACGAAUACACGGGACACGAGUCGUCAGUGAACUCUGUGUGUUGGGGUCCCCAUGAGUUUGGUCUGAUUCUGGCGUGCGGCAGCUCUGACGGCGCCAUCUCCCUGCUCACCUUCACGGGAGAGCAGCAGUGGGACAUCAAGAAGAUCAACAACGCGCAUACGAUCGGCUGCAACGCGGUCAGCUGGGCCCCAGCUGUGGCGCCGGGCAGCCUGAUCGAGCAACCGUCGGGACAGAAGCCCAACUACCUUAAACGCUUUGUGUCCGGAGGCUGCGACAACCUCGUCAAACUCUGGAAGGAGGAGGACGGCCAGUGGAAGGAGGACCAGAAGCUGGAGGCCCACAGCGAUUGGGUGAGAGACGUGGGCUGGGCGCCUUCCAUCGGACUCCCCACCAGCACCAUCGCCAGCUGCUCGCAGGACGGCCGCGUCUACAUCUGGAUGUGCGACGACCCCGCCGGCAACACCUGGACGGCUAAACUGCUGCACAAGUUCAACGACGUCGUCUGGCACGUCAGCUGGUCCAUCACGGGCAACAUCCUGGCCGUGUCUGGAGGAGACAACAAAGUGACGUUGUGGAAGGAGUCGUUGGACGGUCAGUGGUCGUGUAUCAGCGACGUCAGCAAAGGCCAGGGAACCGUGUCGGCUAUCGCAGACACCCAGCAGGCGGAGCAGUGACACGCGCACGCACGCACGCAUUCAUUUUGUCCAAAUGCUUGUUCUCGUGUACAGAUGAGGGACGUUUUGUUUUUGAAAUCAAAGUGUUGGCCAAAUGAGGACUCUUCUUGUGCGUCCUGCCUGUCAUGCUCAUGAACAUUCCGGCUCCCUCAAAAUGGUCAUCGCGUGAUUGGCUCAUCAAGUCUGACUGACCCAGCAAUCAGGAACAGCGAGCACACCCGUUCCCUGCUUGUAUGUAAUUUGUUAAUUAAAAAAAGGAAAAGUGAAUAUGAA